UCAAAGUCAUUCCAAACUCGCACGCCUGUCUGCAAUAGGUGCUCCGGCUGUUCCUGGCAGAAAGCCAGGCUGGCGUUCUCUCUCUGGCGGUUCAUAUGACAGCGCGUCCAGCAGCGGUAGCAGAAAGCCCGUGGAGGUACCCAUGUAUCUCGAAAGUCUCGAAACCCUGCAGUACUUUGGAUUUGACGAGCCAGCCGCAACAAAAAUUUGGGACCACUACCAAAAAUACCACGACAACUGGCUUACAUUCAUGGAUUGUGUUUACAGUUAUAUUGAAGGAUGUCAUGAUACUAGUGGAAGAAAUGAUGACUGGGACAAAGCUAUGAAGGAAAUGGGUAUCACCAAACGCCUGAGAGACGCAAUCCUUGAUCCCGAAUUCGACGAAAUCCGAUUAAGACAAACUGCCGCCUUCUGGGUUCUUGACACGAUCGAAGACACUUAUGCGUAUCUUUCCAUGAUGUCCCCUUGCAUCUCUGGGAACGUAUCUUUUGCCUCCUUUGUCAGCGACGCCACCUCUCCCGCUCCUUCAACAGCCACUGCGGAGACUCAUGUCCCGUCCAUAUUCUCGGAAGAGUCAGUGGGACAGCCGAGCACUCCGAUCUCGACGUACUCUGGGUCACAACAGGAUCCUGCUGGGGCCUCCAAAGGCAAAGGAAAACGACGAGCAAAGUCAGAAGCCGCACCUGCACCUGAAAAGCCGGCAGAAAAGACAGCCAAGGUCGAGGCCUCUUCGCCUCCAUCCGGAUCAAAAUCCAGGGAGGCACUUUCGCUGACAACUGCGGCACCCAAACCCCAAGAAGCUGUAACCGUGCUCUACAAGGGAGGCAUAAGUUCUCGGCUGAAGAAAGCCGUGCCGGACGAAGAUACCGAUGGAAAUAGAGGACUCGCCAGCCUCACUACGAAACCACCAUCCGACUUCGGGGCCGGGGCAACAUUCCGUGUCUAUUUUACAAAAGACAUUAAGGUAGCGGAAAUGUAUGCGAAUUGGGCCGGCAGACGCUCGAUCCAAGAAGAUAAACAUAUGGGCAUUCUGCAGGUUACCGUCCCUACUCGUCUCUUGGAAAACGCGGUGCAGAUCUAUGGCGAUGAUUGGAAAAGAUUUGUCCUUUGCGGUCGUCGAGAGCGUGCUGCCAUACCCCAUGACCUCCGGCCAUAUCGCGCCGCCGAACUUCUCAUUGGGCCAAUUUGGACGGCGAGCAUCGACGAGGCACGCGACGCAACCAUUGAAGACGUCCAGCCCUAUAAAGUCGACGGAAAUACCCCGGCCCAAUUUGCCUUCACACCAACGAUGCUUUUUGAGAUCGCAGAGGAAUGUCGGUGCUGGGUGGAGGACUACGGUCUUUGGCAGCCUGGGAAGUAGUUGCUCAAUUUGAAGAACCGAAUUGCUUUUCUACUCGUGUGCGAAAAGAUCCAGAAUUCUUUUUAUAACAGACUGCUAAGAGAGAAAGAACUUUAAAUCUACGUUACAAGAAGCACCAAGUAUUUUACUUUGCUCUGUUCAUUAAUUAGCCAGCAUAGGUUCGCAGCGCUCAAUAAAUUGCUUCUGGUUGACUAUUGAUAAACUAAUAUCAGCACAUGAUUAUGAAUAUAUCCUUGUGCAUGAUAGUUAUACAAAGAAAUACAUGAUUCUCAAGUGAAACUCUUUAUCUUGUAUUUCAUCAGUUUUGCUAUGUGAUUCUGGCAAACAAAUACAUGCA